GCAAGUAAACACGAAUGUUUUGAAAAGAAGUAAACACGUUUCUUGUGGAAAAACUUGGAACGUUUGGAUGAUUGAAAAUUUUCUUCCCUUUUAAUUAACUUUUUCUUUUGAGAUGGGGAAAUAUAAAAUUGGUGACAUUGCUGCCUCUCUUCCAAAGCCGAAAACUCCAACAACUAAGUCUGGGAUGAAAUUACAAGCUUUGUUUAGUGAGUUUCAUGAUAAAUAUAAAACCAAUGAUGCUCAAGACAAACCCCAGAUUGACAAAAAAUCAACCAAGGUAUUGUCUGCAGAUCCUAAAGUGGCCAUGGAAAAAUCCAAGCCAGGCAAAGGGAAGAAACGAAAACUGUCAUCUGAAAAUACUACUAGUGUUACAGGAAAUACAAAAGGCCAUAAAAAGGAGGUUAAGGAUCACAUAGUGUCUUCUGUUGUUGACUCGGAACAUUUUCCAAAGAAGAAAAAAAUGAAAGGAAAUCGAGACAGUACUACUACUAAUUCUCAUACAUAUUUUACUGAUGAAUCCGCCAACAAAGACACUUUUCCCCUAAAACAUAAAAAGAAACAUGCAAAAGCUAAAAUAAAGGAUGCUUUGAAUUCAAUUGAUGAACACUCAAGUUUUAAAGAAAACGAAAGAAAUUUGAAAAAACAGAAGAAAAAUGUCUUUGAGCCUGAAAGUUUUCCUAGAAGAAAAAAAUUAAAAAAAUCUCAAGAAUUUCGAUCAAAUUCUAGUUUUGAAUCAUUUAAUAAGAAUAAUUCCUCUAGUUCAAGCAUUACUGAUGUGAAUAGUUCUACUGGUAAGCAUACUAAUUUUAAGGGUGCUAAAAACCAUGCUCAAAAACAAAAUGAAAAUAGUUUUGAACCUAAAAGUUUCCCUUGGAAAAAGAAUUAUAGUGACUCUCAAGAAUUUCAAUCCAAUGCUAAUAGUAAAUCAUUCAAUAAAAGGCAUCAAUCAAAUGAUAAGUUUAAUAAUAAAGUUAAUGUCUCCAGUAAAACUUCCAUGUUUGAAUCUGGUUCUCCAUUCCGAGACAAUCUGGAUUCAAAUAAGAUGGUGGGAGAUGUAGAUACUUCUGGUGAUAGUACAAAAGGAACAACUUCUAAAAAACUGAAGAAAAAGAAUAAAAAGCAAACUAAAAAGGGGGAUGUGUCUUCCUCCCACAUUGUGUUUAAUGAAAAGAAACAAUCAGAAAGUAACUUUGCAGCAAAACCAAAGGAAAAAAUAGCUGCAAAGCAAACAAUUGAUAGCAAUCAGUCUAAUUCAAAGAGAAAAUUGGAAGCAAAAUUAUUGAGUGAAGAUUUUAUUCCAUUGAAUGUGAGUAAACCUGAAGAUCCUGCUGAAAAAACUGAAAGGACUGUUUUUGUUGGAAAUCUCCCUAAGACUGUCCAGAAAAAGGAGCUGUUGAAAAUGUUUAAUCCCUUUGGUUCCAUUCAAAGCAUGCGUCUUAGAGGUGCAAUACCGCGAAAAGAAACGAUCUCCAAAAAGGUUGCUGGAAAAACAGGAAAAUACCAUGAAGCCAUUCAUUCAAUCAAAGCAUACAUUGUUUUUGAAGAACAGAAAAGUGCAAAGAAGGCCUUAGUUUUGAAUGGAUCUCUCUUAAAUGGCCGUCACAUUGUUGUUGAUGCUGCUGCAAAUUCAACUGAAAAGUCCUAUGAGGAUAAACGAUCAAUUUUUAUUGGAAAUUUACCCUAUGAUGUAGAUGAUGAGGCAGUUUGGACUGCAUUUGACAACUGUGGUAAAAUAGAUAGAGUGAGAAUUAUUAGAGAUUGUGUUACUGGUGUAGGCAAAGGAUUUGGAUAUGUUUCAUUUAGUAGCACUCAAGCAAAAGAAAAUGCUCUUUCUCUAGAAGGUGUGCAAAUUAGUGGUCGGACAAUUAGGAUAAAAGCAGUAGAGUCCAAGCAGCAAAUGGAAAAACAAAAUAAUAACCGGAGAGAAUUUCAUCAUUUUAAACAACAUGCCCUGAAAAUUAAAAAAGAGAAAUCAGAAAAUUCUAAUUGCAGAAAAUCAACAAAGAAGAUCAUGAAAUUGCAAAAGAAAAUAGCUAAAAAGAAGAAAAUAGCUCAAAUAUUUGGAAAUGUUUGAAUUUUAGUAAAAUCUUUAAUUGCUUUAAUUGUUUUCUCUCAUUUCACAUAAAGUAUUUUUAAAAUCUUA